CUCGAAGUUGGUUGGGUGUUCAUGGUCCCCUGAUUCGCAUGCAUCAAAGCUAGGUCCAUCCCGGUCAAACUUCGGGAGGACAUCACGGCGUCGACUUCAAGCCGUCUUACUUCCGGAAUUCAUUCGUCAAGAACACGUUGCGAUCACCAAUAACAGCCAGGGAUCUAACUUAAUCAGGUCGUCGUAGUUUUGUAUAAGAGCCAGUUUUCGUGUUGGAAACUCCAGCGAUGUGAUCCAGCCGCCGAGAUCCCGCAACAUCUCGUUUCGCCGGGACUGUAGAGGCUUACCGGCUUCCACCCGAAGCUUUGAGUUACCAGGCACCUUUUCCUACUACAUUUCUUCGCAUCAACACCGCUCGCCGUGGCGACAUCCAAGAUGGAGACUCCAAGACCCAAGGGUAUCGUUAUCUUUGGCGGAGGCACGGCGACCAACAGCUUGGUUGACAUCUUCAACGAGUUGCGGGAGAGCAGGAAUUGCUCGCUAAGCUACAUCAUCCCCAUUAGUGACAACGGCGGUAGCUCUUCGGAACUCAUCCGCGUUCUCGGCGGGCCUGGUAUCGGUGAUAUCCGCAGUCGUCUGGUCCGUCUCAUCCCCAACUCGGAAUCCAACGCCGAUCUGGCAGCCACCAAGGCGCUGUUCAACCAUCGGUUGUCUUCCGACCCGGAUAAAGCGCGAUCAGAGUGGCUUGAUGUUGUCGAGGGGAGACAUGAGCUGUGGGGUCAGAUAUCGAGUGAUAAGCGUGAGCUAAUUAGGUCGUUCUUCAAUCUGGUCAAUUUGGAGAUAGUCAAGAGGGCUAGGCCGAGUAGUACGUUUAACUUUGGACGGGCGGCGGUGGGCAAUUUGUUCUUGACGGGGGGCCGCCUUUUCUCGGGAUCACUGGAGUCUUCUAUAUACCUGCUUUCCCAAAUUUGUGCCAUUCCUCCCAGCACCGCCGUCGUCCCCGCCAUCAAUAGCAACUUCACGCACCACAUCAGCGCCGGACUUACCAAUGGCGACACCAUUACGGGUCAGAACAACAUUUCGCAUCCCAGCGAGCCGACCGCCUUGCCUGAUGAUCCUACUCUCGCGGUACGAGAGACAGAUGCGCACGACCAGAUUGAGGACGCCAAUCUGCCUGGAAGCUUACCGACACUGCGGAAACAGUAUAUCGAAUUUAGCAAGGCGGCUGAGGAGGAUCUGCCGGCCAGGAUCAAUAGGGUCUGGUAUAUCAACCCUUACGGACAUGAGAUCACGACACGCGCCAAUCCCAAAGUCCUUCAGGCUAUGCAGAAUGCAUCUACUGUCGUAUACUCAAUUGGAUCUCUAUAUACGAGUAUCAUCCCGAGUUUGAUCGUCAGGGGCGUCGGCGCCGCAAUUUCGAACUCCCCUGGGGUCAAGCAGAAGAUCCUCAUCCUCAAUUCUUCCAACGACAGAGAGACGGGUCCAAGCACCUCCCCCUUUACCGCGACGGACUUCAUCAAGGCCAUUGUGAGGGCAGGCGUCGAGAGCCAAGGGAACAUCAACACUUCACUAGGAGAAAUCUCAAAAAACCCAAACUCUGAGUGUUCCGAAGUAAGGAAGUACGUCACGCAUCUCAUCCACCUCGAGGGCCAGGGCACGCCUAAGGUAGAUAAGGAAGAAUUGGCUGCGCUGGGAGUUGACUCUGUCCGAGUAUAUGGACGGAGAGUAGAUGGUGCGCUUAGGUAUGAUGAGGAAGGAUUGAAGAGAGCGCUGGAGGCUGUUGUGGGAAGGGCGGAGAUGGGGAGGAGUAGGAGGAAUACGAAGCAGUAGCUGAAAAACAUAUAAGGUUACUUACCUAGUAUACAUUGAUCUAAAAUAGACCCAUUAAAGGUAGAAUCUCACCGUAGCAUAAUAUGAGUCAAAUAUUAUUAUUA